AUGCUUGUCACACGGCAAUGUGAUACAGGAAGGAACACUUGGUCUUCUAGCAAGCUCGAGGCAAUAUACCGAAACGCCGCGUCUCCACGCAUGUCGAACUUCGAGCCACUAUCAACGCAGCCGGACUGGCGCGAGCAAUACUCGGCAUUUCCCCUCCCAGGAGAAAACGGCCUCCUUCAGCCUCCAUUCGAGCAGCCCUCAUCGUCAAAUAGCACUGAAGCCAAUGCGGCACAAGUAAUUGCGAGACCUACACUCGAGCAUAGACAUAGUCUUGGCCCCAUCCGACAGGAAGUUCCACCGGUUCCUAUCAUUGAGAGACCGGACUCGGCUCCUGGCGAUAAUGGUCAAUCUGCAAACGAGGCUCGAAAUGACUCGUUGGUUUCAUCAGAGUCAACAGCGAUCUCACUUGAAUCAAUAGGCUCAAACCCACUGAGUUCUGCUUCAAGCGCGCCUGUCCAACAGUCCACCGUUGCAAACAGUGAGGGAGGAGAUGCGACAAGCGAAAUAAAGGAUGAAGAAGACGACGAGGACGACGAUGAUGAGAUGCUAGAAGCAGAGGAAGGGGCUCCUCCGCAAACAGCUGCGGAGCGCAGAGCAGAGAGAAGAAAGAUGAAGCGGUUUCGAUUGACUCACCAACAGACUCGAUUCCUGAUGAGUGAAUUCGCCAAGCAAGCUCAUCCAGAUGCUGCACAUCGUGAGCGUCUUUCGAGGGAGAUUCCAGGCCUCAGUCCUCGCCAAGUUCAAGUGUGGUUUCAAAAUAGACGUGCGAAAAUCAAGCGACUUACAGCGGAUGACAGAGAACGUAUGAUGAAGAUGAGAGCUGUACCGGAUGAUUUUGAUAAUGUGCAAGCCUUACACUCUCCUUAUGGCGCCGUGCACGGUAUUGGAACCCCCAUGCAAUCGCCUGUCGAUUUUGUACCAAAUUACGCCGACCAUAUGAUGCGGCCGUUGAUGGUUGACACUAUGCGAAGGCAUGAACAUGACGACCAUCUUUCGCAAACUGGCCUGACUCCAACUUUCGGACAUGUAGGGUUUGCGCAAGGAGGUCAGAUGAAUACGCCCAAUGUGCUAUCCCCUCUAUCAAUGGAUUCCAGUGACCGAUAUUACUCAAAUAGCCAUCUUUCAAGCCCAAUGAGCGCAGGCCCGAGAAGUUCGAACCCCUUCGACCGACAGAAUAGUUACGGUGCUAUGUCGCAGCACUCGAGGCAACCUAUCCGACCUUUACAGCCUCUCCAGCUUCGGGAAACGAUGUCGAGAACGCGAUCUGAAUCGAUUCAAUCUCCAUUGAGAUCCAGCAUGUCUUGGAAAGGAGAGACUCUUGAUUAUAACAGUUAUCAAACUGGGCACCCAAGUCCGCAGUUGUCUGGUCGACAGCAAUCCGUGUAUCAACAUGAUGGAAUCGGCAAUAACGCCGUCAAUACGCAUCAAUAUGAUGCCAAUGCAUUUUCAAAUUCUAACAUGCAGAGCUCUCCACCGCAUAUGACGUUCUCUUCCCCUCACGGAUCUUCGACAUCGAUGCCGUCGCGGCUGCGAGGUGCAUCCUCCACAUUUCCCCCAGGUUUAGACAUCCGCACUCAAUAUCGCGGUCUUCCUUCUCAUCUCAACUCACCACAUAGCCCAGCAACUACGCGUGGAGGUUCAUUUGCCAGCGCGUUCACUGGUGGCUAUGCAAGCGCACCUCUUACCGCUCCUGUUGAUUUUUCACUCCCAAGGACACCAGGCGAUGGCGGUCACGGCAACCGAGAUUUCAACAUUCCUCAACUCAGUGCGCCUAUGGCACCACCAAACGAUUUCUCAAGUGCCUACAACAAUUCAAGUUUAAGCCCCGCGCGCGCAGCGCAGGAAAAUCGAGACUUUGGCUCCUCAAAUCAGAAUAAUGGGGAUUCAGGGGCUCAAACGCGAACAGGAUCACAGGGACCUGGGUCCGAGCAUCGGCAAAACCAACAACAACAUCCACAACAACAUAACCAACAGAGUAGAAGUCAAGAUGACUCUUAUCUACGUUCAGUAGACUACGAAACUGGACACAAGCGAAAACGUAGUUUCACGCUUCCUGGCGGGGCUUAUGAAAGUCCUUGA